UUCUCGCCAGGAGGGCACCUCUGGGAAGAAGACCACGGGGGAAGCAAAGUUUCAGGGCAGCUAGCUGAAGAGCCUUCCCCGCAGCCUUCUGAGCCCUGUCACCCCGCUGGCUAUGGAGGGCGGACUCUAAAAUGAAUCCCGAUCUGGACACCGGCCACAACACAUCAGCACCUGCCCACUGGGGAGAGUUGAAAAAUGCCAACUUCACUGGCCCCAACCAGACCUCGACCAACUCCACACUGCCUCAGCUGGACAUCACCAGGGCCAUCUCCGUGGGCCUGGUGCUGGGCGCCUUCAUCCUCUUUGCCAUCGUGGGCAACAUCCUAGUCAUCUUGUCUGUGGCCUGCAACCGUCACCUGCGGACGCCCACCAACUACUUCAUCGUCAACCUGGCCAUUGCCGACCUGCUGCUAAGCUUCACCGUUCUGCCCUUCUCUGCUGCCCUGGAGGUGCUUGGCUACUGGGUGCUGGGCCGGAUCUUCUGUGACAUCUGGGCCGCCGUGGACGUCCUGUGCUGCACAGCCUCCAUUCUGAGCCUGUGCGCCAUCUCCAUCGACCGCUACAUUGGGGUGCGCUACUCUCUGCAGUACCCAUCUCUGGUCACCAGGAGGAAGGCCAUCUUGGCGCUCCUUGGUGUCUGGGUCUUGUCCACAGUCAUCUCCAUUGGGCCUCUUCUUGGGUGGAAGGAGCCGGCACCCAACGACGACAGGGAAUGUGGGGUCACUGAAGAACCCUUCUACGCCCUCUUCUCCUCCCUGGGCUCCUUCUACAUCCCUCUGGCGGUCAUUCUGGUCAUGUACUGCCGCGUAUACAUCGUUGCCAAGAGGACCACCAAGAACCUGGAGGCUGGAGUCAUGAAGGAGAUGUCCAACUCCAAGGAGCUGACCUUGAGGAUCCACUCCAAGAACUUUCACGAGGAUACCCUCAGCAGUACCAAGGCCAAGGGCCAUAACCCCAGGAGUUCCAUAGCUGUCAAACUUUUUAAGUUCUCCCGGGAAAAGAAAGCAGCCAAGACCUUGGGCAUUGUGGUCGGCAUGUUCAUCUUGUGUUGGUUACCCUUCUUCAUCGCUCUACCACUUGGCUCCCUGUUCUCCACCCUGAAGGCCCCCGACGCCGUGUUCAAGGUGGUCUUCUGGCUGGGCUACUUCAACAGCUGCCUCAACCCCAUCAUCUACCCGUGCUCCAGCAAGGAGUUCAAGCGCGCCUUCGUGCGCAUCCUCGGGUGCCAGUGCCGCGGCCGCCGCCGCCGCCGCCGCCGCCGGCGCCUGGGCGGCUGCGGCUACACCUACCGGCCGUGGACGCGCGGCGGCUCGCUGGAGCGCUCGCAGUCGCGCAAGGACUCGCUGGACGACAGCGGCAGCUGCCUGAGCGGCAGCCAGCGGACCCUGCCCUCGGCCUCGCCGAGCCCCGGCUACCUGGGCCGCGGCGCGCCGCCGCCCGUCGAGCUGUGCGCCUUCCCGGAGUGGAAGGCGCCCGGCGCCCUCCUGAGCCUGCCCGCGCCCGAGCCCCCGGGCCGCCGCGGCCGCCGCGACUCGGGUCCGCUCUUCACCUUCACGCUCCUUGCCGAGCCCGAGAGCCCCGGGACUGACGCGGACGCCGGCCACGAGGCCGCAGCCGACGUGGCCAACGGGCAGCCCGGCUUCAAAAGCAACAUGCCCCUGGCGCCCGGGCAGUUUUAG